GCGGAAGUGUAUUUUGUUGUUUCCGGUGGGGAAAAACAGCCUGAUACGGGGUGAAUGACAACGGGCUGAACUGGAAUCAAGACUUUCCGUUAACAACAAAGACCGAGAUACAUCGAGUCAUUGAAAGCCUCGCUGUGCAAUCCGACAGUAAUUUGCACCUUGCUCCUACCCUUCGUUUGGAGCCCGGUGCAACAUUCUCCGUUGCCAACAUCACCAGAGGGACCCAUUUCAUAUUUGGACCUGUGGCUGUUGCUGCCGCCGCAGUGACAGCUCUCCGAUUGGCUCAGAUUGAGACACGGGUGCAAAUUGCUCUCCAGCAGCUUGCCACUCGAGCAACCAUUAGUGUUGGCAAUCAGUGUCACAACAAUAACAACGGAUUUGCAGCGGUGUUACUUCCUCACCUGGCCCUCCUGAAUCUUCUCAGUAGACGGCAGGUGUCAGCUGCUAGGUUCGACAUAGACACAAACGGAAAAACCUACAGAAACACACAACAGAGUCUGUCUGCUGCCAUGUACCACCACCACCACUCCCAGCAACAAGGGUCACAGCCCUUCUCUAAUGGGCCCAGGCCGCCCCAUCAUCAGCCACCUCCAAAUCAGCAUCAGAAUCGUUCUCCCUCUAACAUGCUGUCAAUGGAUUUCCAGUUUCCUCGUCCCACCCAGCUCCCUGAUGAGCUAGAGUCUGCCCUUGCUAUCCGGGGUGCUAGGGACAUGGAUCAUCGUCUCAUUGACCACAUGAACCGACCGAACCAACACCAGAACCAAGGAUCAGGUUCUGGGAUCAGUCAACAUGGAAGCUACGGCUCUAACCCAAUAACACUAACUUCUGAUAAUCAGCCUGGCCACCAGCAAGGAGUAGACUGGUCAAACUACCAACCUCCAACUAAACUGUUUGCCAGUCCUCCACCUAGUGCUAGCCACCAGUCCCAACGACAUCAGGGGCCUCAACAGCAGCCACAGAGCAGCCAUGCUGGACCAAGCAUCCCAAGCUGGACUGCCCCUGUAAGUGGCUCUGCAGCACCCCAAGCACGCCACCUCCAUGGUGGUGUUGGUGGUGGUGGGGAUGGUCAGGCUUUGUAUACACCAGAGAGUGCCGGGAGCAUCUUGGCUAGCUUUGGACUUUCAAAUGAGGACUUAGAAGUGCUGAGUCACUACCCUGAUGAUCAGCUAACCCCAGAUACUUUACCGUUCAUACUCCAUGACAUUCAGAUCAACAAGUCCGGCAACCAGAAAACUGUAGCUUCCACAUCCUCAUCUUCGUUCUCACGCGGCAUCCAUGAUAUGCCACCUCCUCCUUCCCACUCUUCAACAUUGGCACGUUCACGCUCACCAGAAGUGCCCAGCCUUCUUACUGUUACACAGACUGCAGGUAAAGUCAUUGACUAUGGUCAUGCCAGUCGGGCAAAGGAUGAAAAUACUACCAGAGAGACUUUCAAAAGAGAGCCGCUCUCCAGUGAAAGGACAGUUAAAAUGUACCCAUCCUCGUCGUCUUCAUCAGCUCCAAAGCUAGAUAAAGUUGAAAGGCGGCAGGUUCGCUCGGAACACAGUGAAUCAAGCAAGCACGGAGAUCGGGACUAUCGCAGGACGGGUAGUGAUCAUCGCAAGAGCAAUCGGGCAUCUGGGAGAGAAUUUCCACAAUCAUCCAAAUCUCGUAAUCUGGACCAAGACUACAGGCGUGAUGGACCCAAACCUAGACCUUCAUCUGAAACCAAGAGCGAAGCUUCCUCGAGACAGUCACUCUCCUCUUCGUCUGGCUUAAAACCACACAGCAGCAGCAAGAAGUUACCUACCCCCACCAUGAUAAGUGAUUUCUCAGCUGUGUCUCCAAAGGUGUAUCCCCAUACCUGCUCCCUGUGCCACACACAGUGUGAUCAGGAAAAGAACUGGGUUGACCAUAUUAACACCGUCAACCACACUGCCGCAUGCAGAGACCUGCGCAACAAGUACCCUGACUGGAAACCAAAUCUACCACGUCGGAGCGGACGAUACGGCAGCCGGGCUCUGUGGGAUCCAAAAGAUCACUCUCCAUCCCAUUCUGUGUCUCCAUCCCUCUCUUGUUCUCCCACCCCAAGUCCUCCUCAAGGCAAUCAGAGGGUGGGCCCCCAUAGACCGCACACAGGGCCUUACUCUCCUCACCAUCAACCUCGCCACCAACACUACACAGAACACAGCCAUCGGUUGGAGAACAGUCCCUCUCGCUCACAUCAAAUCUCCCCAUUCUCCAGAGGGCAUUGGCCUGAGAAGAGAGACAGGGAAUCAUCAGGGGGUUCCUCUCGCAGUGGUGUGAAGCGUCCAUACGAUGACACCAGCAGACACCCGUUUGCCUCUAAGGCGGGUCAAAGCUCCAAAUAUGGACCAUUACAGUCUUUCAACAAAACGGUCAAGAGCGGGGCGAAACCUGGAACAAAGGCGACUAAGACGUCUGCCAAGCUUCCACCAGCCAAGAAGAAGAAUACAGACUGGUCUUUUGCAGAUCGUCUGGUUUAUCUGACUGGGAUCCCAAAAGAUGCGUCUGAGCAGGAAGUUAUUGACCUGGUAGGGUCCUUUGGCAAGAUCAACAAUGUGACCCUCAUGCCAGGCUCAGAGGAAGAGAGCAAUAAGGAAGGACAAAAGGCAUCAGUAUGCAUGAUGAAGGUUGAAUGCGCCCAGGCUCUGGCUAACUCCACAAAUCUCUCCAUUAGAGACCAACAAAUCACUUCUUCAAAAGCCAAGAAACCUGAAGCAGGAUACUCUUCUGAAGCUAACAGCAAACUUGCUCCAGGACAGGACAGUUGUGCUGGACAAGACUCUGGAGGUGAGGCUGGACAGAAGACUUUUGAUGAGAAGAGCAUGGUGUUGAUCACAGGACUUCCGGAGAGCGGCUGGUCAGAGAGUGACAUCAUCAAGCUGGUCCAGCCCUUUGGAACUCCCUCUGACAUCAUCCAGGCAACAGAAAUCAGAAAGGUGCUUGUGUCAAUGCCAAACAUGGAGAUUGCUCAAGAGAUGGUAAAAGCCCACGCCUUCAGCCCUGCAAAGAUUCACGACUCAGAGGUGAAGAUGAUCCAUCUCACACAGAGUAUCGGUCUCAGCACACCGGUGGCUCUCUACAAUCUUCUGAUGGCAUCAGUGGACCCAUUGGAGAGUUCUGUUCCAGUAUGCUGGACCUGCCUGUUGGUGAUCAGUAAUGUGCCCAACACACCGUCUUGCUCCUCUGAGGUCCAGAAACUGGUGCAACGAUUUGGUACCAUCAUCAAGACCCUAGUGCUCGACAACACGGUCAUUUGUGAGAUGGCAACUUCAGCUAUGGCCUUGUCUGUUCACAAACGCUUCCGGACGUUUCCAUGCGUCAUCCAGAACAACCCUCUGCUCUUCUCCCGCAAUCCUGAAAUCAAACCCAAAAAUCAGUUGAAAUUCUUCACUUCACACUAUGAUUCAUCUCAGAACUGGGUUGACCAUAUUAACACCGUCAACCACACUGCCGCAUGCAGAGACCUGCGCAACAAGUACCCUGACUGGAAACCAAAUCUACCACGUCGGAGCGGACGAUACGGCAGCCGGGCUCUGUGGGAUCCAAAAGAUCACUCUCCAUCCCAUUCUGUGUCUCCAUCCCUCUCUUGUUCUCCCACCCCAAGUCCUCCUCAAGGCAAUCAGAGGGUGGGCCCCCAUAGACCGCACACAGGGCCUUACUCUCCUCACCAUCAACCUCGCCACCAACACUACACAGAACACAGCCAUCGGUUGGAGAACAGUCCCUCUCGCUCACAUCAAAUCUCCCCAUUCUCCAGAGGGCAUUGGCCUGAGAAGAGAGACAGGGAAUCAUCAGGGGGUUCCUCUCGCAGUGGUGUGAAGCGUCCAUACGAUGACACCAGCAGACACCCGUUUGCCUCUAAGGCGGGUCAAAGCUCCAAAUAUGGACCAUUACAGUCUUUCAACAAAACGGUCAAGAGCGGGGCGAAACCUGGAACAAAGGCGACUAAGACGUCUGCCAAGCUUCCACCAGCCAAGAAGAAGUAUCCAGCCCGAUCGGAUCCAACAGAUCGUCUGGUUUAUCUGACUGGGAUCCCAAAAGAUGCGUCUGAGCAGGAAGUUACUGACCUGGUAGGGUCCUUUGGCAAGAUCAACAAUGUGACCCUCAUGCCAGGCUCAGAGGAAGAGAGCAAUAAGGAAGGACAAAAGGCAUCAGUAUGCAUGAUGAAGGUUGAAUGCGCCCAGGCUCUGGCUAACUCCACAAAUCUCUCCAUUAGAGACCAACAAAUCACUUCUUCAAAAGCCAAGAAACCUGAAGCAGGAUACUCUUCUGAAGCUAACAGCAAACUUGCUCCAGGACAGGACAGUUGUGCUGGACAAGACUCUGCAGGAGGUGAGGCUGGACAGAAGACUUUUGAUGAGAAGAGCAUGGUGUUGAUCACAGGACUUCCGGAGAGCGGCUGGUCAGAGAGUGACAUCAUCAAGCUGGUCCAGCCCUUUGGAACUCCCUCUGACAUCAUCCAGGCAACAGAAAUCAGAAAGGUGCUUGUGUCAAUGCCAAACAUGGAGAUUGCUCAAGAGAUGGUAAAAGCCCACGCCUUCAGCCCUGCAAAGAUUCACGACUCAGAGGUGAAGAUGAUCCAUCUCACACAGAGUAUCGGUCUCAGCACACCGGUGGCUCUCUACAAUCUUCUGAUGGCAUCAGUGGACCCAUUGGAGAGUUCUGUUCCAGUAUGCUGGACCUGCCUGUUGGUGAUCAGUAAUGUGCCCAACACACCGUCUUGCUCCUCUGAGGUCCAGAAACUGGUGCAACGAUUUGGUACCGUCAUCAAGACCCUAGUGCUCGACAACACGGUCAUUUGUGAGAUGGCAACUGCAGCUAUGGCCAUGUCUGUUCACAAACGCUUCCGGACGUUUCCAUGCGUCAUCCAGAACAACCCUCUGCUCUUCUCCAACAAGCAUGAAGCCAAACCCAAAAAGCAGUUGAAAUCCAUCACUCAGAAAACACCUGCGAAUCGCAAAGGUAGCCAAGCAGCAGCAGCUGCAGAUGAAGAGGAGACGGCCCAUAAAGAGAAUUCAGAAUCUCCAUUGGAGGGGAUUGAAAGAGACGGUGAUGGGAAGGACGAGAAGAUGAAGACGGUUGAUGAAGACAAAGCUUUGGGAGAAGAUUGGAGCAAAGAAGGCGAGAUCAAAAAAGACGAGCUCACCAUCGCUCUUUCUGACUCAUUGGCUGCACCAGACGCCAAAACAGAAGUAGAUCUGGACACAGACAUGAGGGAUGACUCAGCUGUUGAAACUGUUACGGAGGCAGCAGAAAAGAACAAAGGCGUCAAUGCAUCCACAGAAGGGAAUGACGAGACUCCUGCUGGUGAAGAGACAAAGCCAUGUAGCUCUGAUGACAAAGCAGCUUCACCGGAGACGGCCAUGCCAGAGCUCCCUAAGGUUACUCAGGAGAUGGUUAACGCACUACUUGUGGAGUGCCGAACAAGAACCGCCAGCCAUCCCAACAACACAGCAGCUUCCACCAAUGGAGAACAGGGGAAAACCCAAAUGGAGACAGAGCCGGGUGAAAAAGCAGCAGAGGAGACAAAAGAGCCAGCCAAGAACCCCACAGAGGAGGUGAAGAAGCAGGGGAGGGAGACAAAAGAGAGGGAGGCAAGAAAAGAGGAGAGGGACAGGAGGGCCUUGGAGAAGGAGGAGAGGGCAAAGCGGGAGAGGGAGCGGGAUGAAAGAACCAGGAGAGAGAGGGAGAGGAGGGAGAGGAAGAGAGCAUACGGUGAAGGCUUGUCAGGGUCAGGGUCAUUUGGCAGGUCAGAUGGAUCCAAGCAGAGCUCCGGGAGGGAUGAGAAGUAUAACAAAACGGAGGCGGCGCUUGAUGACUUCCCGUUCAACAUGAGUGACUUUGUGACGGUAGAUGAAGUUGGAGAUCUGACCGACCUUCCUUCCUUGGUUCCUAUGGAAGUCACAGAGGGAGAGGAGGCUGCUCCCACAUCUGUCCAACAAGACACUCCAGGGGACUCGCACAUGGAGGUCACAACAGAAACAACAAUGUUAGACUCCCCAGCGCCCCCGGUGAAGCCUGAUGAAGACGCAUCAGAGUCUGAAGCUGUGACAGUGCCGACAGCUUUAAUGUUGUCAGAUUCACAAACACAUGUGCCAACAUGUCAACAGACUGAGAUCCCACCUGAGACAGAAACCACUCUUGACUCCACCUCUGAGGUUGAAGCCCUUCCUGCACCUGUCCCAGCUGACUCCUCCUCAAAAAGACCAGCAACAGGAGCACUGACUUCAGAGAGGGAGAGACAUAAGAAAGAGGACGGUGCUCUCAGUCACAGGACGGAGCCGAAGGAGGAGAUGGUGUCGGACAAAACGGAGGAAGAGAAGAUGAUGAAUGAAGAGGACAAAACCGAGGAACAAGAGAAGAUGCAGGAGAAGGAGGACAAAGAGACGGGAACUCCUGCUGUGGAGACAGGAAACCACGAGAGGUGUGAAGUUAAAAUAAACACAGAAGAGGAGAGUGGGAAGAAGAAAUUAAAGACCAUGAAUACUGGCUAUUCCCUCCCUCCUUUUGACCCAAGCAACCCAGUCGGUAUGGAGUUCUUGAUCCCAAAGACAGGUUUCUUCUGUAAGGUGUGUAAUAGGUUCUUCAGCGGAACCAAAGAGGCCGAGAUAAACCACUGCAAGACCCUCAAACACUACGAGAACGUGCAGAAAUUCUUGCCGACCACGAACACGGUGAAUGUGACUGCCUGACUCCACCUCAAUGUGGCUAUGAAAAUCUUGACUGAAUUCACCAUUCCCCUCCUCUUGUAUUGUCUCUUAAUUUCUCACCAAGGCUCCAGAUUUUCAUAUUGAUGUAGAUUAGCCUCAGUUUGAAUAUGUGUUAUAGAUUGUUCUUGUACAAUUAAGAGAAACAAGUGUAAGAUGACUGUCAGUAAGAACUGUGCACAUUCAAUAAAAUGUUUGACUAAA